AUGUACAGUAAUCAAGGUAGUCAACCCACAAAGUAUAUCGAAAUUGCAUCAAAUGGUCAAGUUAUUCGCCAAGCAGCUACCGUUCCACCUGAUGUGGAGAUGAAUUAUCUUGCUCUGCAAGGUACUGCAACUUACAAUAACACAUCUUCGAAUAGUCAAUGGCCAACGUAUGCAUCUCAAUCAUCAAGCAAGAAACAAUGGUGGCAAAGUUCCGGACCAUAUAAUCCUUAUCGAACAACGUAUCAAGAUUAUGGUCCUUCAAAAAAUAAACCUCAUUCUAUGUCUAGUAUGUACUACACGCAACCUUAUCCGUACGGUCAAAUUUCCAAUGUGAAUGGUAGUAGUAAAAAUCUAUAUGAAAUGACAUCUUAUCCGGCUACUACUUCGAUGCCUUCCAAUUCACCUCGACCUUUACAAUAUAUAUAUAAUUAA